AUGUCAGAAAUCACCUCGAAUUAGCCUCAACUUGAGUCUCAAUUCCUCUAUGAAUUAGUAAAUCAACUGCCAUAAUAGAUUGUCCAAAAUCAAUCAUCCCAACAUGUGAAUACUGAUCAACCUACCAAAUAAAUUCAUGAUCAACUAUAAUAAACUAACAACGUCGACCAUAUCAUACAAUUGCUCAUCUAAGAAGAUAAUUAAGAUCCCUAAGAUCAAAAUCAUCAUUCAUCUCCACAACCAGAACCAGAAGCAAUUCAACAUUAAGAACCCUAACAAUAGGAGGAUUUGCCCAUCCCCCCCAGACAAGAUGUCAACUCUCAAGUAAUCUUGGCAGCAUUAGAGAGUAAUGAUGAAGAUAAAAAGAGCCAAGAAGCAGAUUGCAAAUUACUUUAUAAAAAAUAAAGAUAAACUUCUAUUAUUAUUGAUGAUGACCUACAAGAUGAUUUAAUUACUACUCCCAAGAAGGCAACAAAAAAUGAAAAAAAUAAUGUUCCUCCUCCUCCUCCAUAAGAUCCCUUACCUAUUAUAUAGAAUGAGUCGGAAAAACAAGAAGUAGUCUUACCUCCCCCAUCAUAAAGAUCGUCUGAAGUAUCUUAACCUGAAAUCCAGAAGCCCUUUGAAAAUAAGAACUCCGAAGACAAACCCUCAUUACUAGAGCAAAUAACAAAGCCUGAACCUGCAUUGAAGAAACAACAGAAGGAGUUUUUUUCUUUUACUCAACCUAUCGCAACAGCAACCUCUUCCUCAAAGAAGAACAAGAACCCUAUUGUUAUUGAUUCAGAUGAUGAAUUACCAUAACAACUUACUUCUAAUAUCAGUAUUUUAAAAUAAAAGAUCGAAGACAACACUCCUUCCUCCUUCUUUAGAAAAAAAACCACUGAAAACUUGCCUCCCAUAGAAAUAGGUGAAAAUGACAACUUUGCAUCUCAUUAAAUAGACAAAUAACAAAAAAUUACCCAAUUAUUACAAUAGCCUAUUCCUCCUCCAGUAUAAAAUAAGCCAUUGAAUUAACAAUAGAGGAAACAUUAAGCUUUAUUGGAAGAAAUAGUUUAGGAGGAUGAUGGCAUAGUGUAAGAUAUAGAAAACUAAGAUUGGACUCUGUUUACUCAAUUAAACAAUAUGAUUACCCCUAAGUUUUCAGGGUAGUUCAGGAUGUUGGAAUAUAAAGACAACACUUAAGACAUGAUCAGACUCUUAUUUGGUGAAACCAGGUUCAAAGAUUUAAUGAAAACUUGUCAAACAAGUGAGUCUGAAUUCUGGUUAUACUUGGGAACCAAAUUAAUCAUGGGGUACAUGAGACUGCCAGACAUAAAUGAGUAUUUCUAUGGGGAAGAUUGGAUUGCAGGUGGUGGCAUUAAAUCUAUUAUAACUCAACAACAAUUUGAUGACAUUGAUUAGAGAGUGGAAAUCAUCUAGCCAAAAUUAUAGACUGAAUCUUAACUAGCAGUUAAAUUGGAAUUCAAUGCUCAAACUUUCUUCAGAUAAGAAUAUCUACCCUAAUUUACUUAGGAGUUAAAUGAUAGAUUCAAGAAACUGAUAUUGCCAGGACAGGAACUCUUCUUAAUAUCAAAUUUCUAUACUCUGAUCUACUCAACUAAAAUUCAAUGGUAUCAAUUAAUAGAUAAAGAAUCUGGAAUCAUUCUAUAGCAGUUCUUUUGGGCAACUCCACUUAGUAAGGCAUUGGAUCUGAACAAUCAUAGAGAUCUGCAAAAGAGACUUAGGAUGAUGUUUGAGCCGUAUCACCUUGGAAGACACAUUGUUUAUAGUCAGGGAUUGCUCAAUGCAGAAUCAAUACUAUAAUUAUAUCAAUAGAAGAUAUUCGUUUGCACUGAUCUUGUGUAACAUUCAUUGUUGCCACAUCCACCAACAGGAGAUCAAUAAGUGCUUUACUCUUCCAAAAGCAAAGAGCCUAUUUAUUUAUGCUAUAAGAACUAACAAUGGAGUACUUGUGUUUCAUUACACUCCUUAUAGUAGAGGAAUCAAUAUCUUCAAGAGUUAUCUCAAAUGCAAUUUGCAGAAGAGAAAAUAGCAAUCCAACCAUCAGAGCCUGAAAAUGCUUCUAUCAAUUCAACUUCUAAGAUCAUUUUCAUCUUUGUUAUAGAGUCCAUCUUACACAAUAUUCGGAUCUUGAAAAAAUAAGAAAUUAAAUCAUUCAGAACUGAACUAGCUCUGCAAUUGAUUAACAAACUUAUCGAUUAUAAGAAUCCUAAACCUUUACUCAGAAAGGAUGGCUCCCUCUAAGUGGAUAGAUCUUGUCAAACAGAUUAAACAGUUGGUAUAGUUAAUGAUCAAUUAUAUCAUUGUCCCAUACACAAUGGAAAUGCUAGAUGCUAAGUUUGUUUGAGUAAGAGCAUCCUCUCCAAAACUACUGCUUCAUGUUUAGGGUGUAAUAAAGUUCUAGGCACCAACAUAUUUCUUUGCAUCUAUCCUUGUUUUAGGUUGUUUCAUCUCAAUCCUAAACUAUAUCUCAAAGAAGGAAUGUACUAUCAAAUAGUUUGUGGAUAUGAUCAAUACGAUUAAGACUAAGAGGAUGAAGAAGUCGAUCAACAGUUUCUUGAUGCCAAUCUUAGAUUCAAACCAGAUACUUCAGAAUUAGAUUCAAUUUAUGCCAAAUCAUAUUAGGAUUUCAAGAAUAUGAUACCCAUCAAUUACGAAGACAAUUAUCAUAAGAAAACUACAAUUGUUGUUAUUUAAAGAGAGAAAGGUGGCAAUCGUAGAGGAGGUGGUAGGCCCAAGGCUUCGAGAUAGUAAUAAUAGUCAAUAUAAAAUUAAGCUGCUUAAGCUGAAUAGGGCAAUUAGGGGGAUACUCAGGAUGCACCAAAAAAAGUAAGAAAAUAGAACAAGAAAUCAGUGAAUGCGCCUCAAUAAUAAGGAUAAGUUGAGAAAGAGACUGAUUAAGCUAGUAGUGCAAUGUUUGACUUUUUCAGUUAAGUGAGGAAAUAGGCUUACAAGAAAUAAACCUAGUCAUGA